UUUUUUGUUAGUUAAAACAAUCACACAAUCCUAUAAAAUAGCAACACAGCAUAUUACUUGUCAUCACUUGCUCAGCUGUUGUAGUUUUAUUUUGAUUUGUAAUUUUAGCAACUCAUUAUUUGGCGAAUACAUACAGUAUUGAUGAAUUUUUAUAAGAAUCAUAGAAACAAAACAAAUUUCUAAUUUGUUAGGUUGAGUGAAAAUAGUGCUCGUCCACGUUUACGUUGAAGAUAAAUAAUAGGCGAGGUGUAAUUAAAAAUGUCUAAUCCUUUGCCGGUUAUAACUAUACAAUGCGAUUGGAACGAUAUUAUAAGAUUACCCAAAGGAAACGCUUGGAUAACUUCCAAAAAAUUGAAUGAAAAUGGUAUCCAUGAUAAGCUUUCCACUAUUUUGAGUGAUGGGAAAGUGAAAAUUAUGUUUUCAGACAAUUACCAAUACAUUUCUCAUGGACCAUUGAGCUUGGUAAUAAAACACAUACCCUCAGAUCUCAAGGUGGCCUUCAUAGCCCCCUCAAAAGCUCACAAAAUUCAUAGCAAAGGUGUGUUAUCUGUAGCAGUAGCUGAGAAUGCUUUAGCUGUGUCAUCGUGUGAACAAGAUAAACUUGUGGUUUGGGAUAGCAGGACAGGUGAUGUAAACCUUGAGCUGAAAGGCCAUGGUGGUCCAGUUUACAAGUGCAGAUUCUUCCCAUCAGGGAUUGUAGUGUUAUCUGCCGGUGCUGAUGGUUCCUGCAGGAUCUGGUCUGCGGAGUCUGGAAUUAAUCCUGUUACUUUGAAGGGACACACAAUGGCUGUGUGUGAUACCUGUAUUAUUGAAAGAGGAAGAAAUGUUAUAUCUAUUAGCAAAGACGGUUCAGCAAAAUUAUGGGAUGUUGGUGAAUCAAAGUGUCUGGCUAAUGUUGUUGAAGGACAUGGACAGAUCAACUGCUGUGCCCUCUCCACAACUAGUGAGGAAGUUGAAGUUGAAAAUGAGAGAGAGGUAGGCACAAAUAACAAAUUGCUGGUAGUAGGAUGUGAGAGUGGACAAUUAAUCUGUUCGCAUGUGGCCAAGAGAGCUCAAGUUUAUACUAAGCAGUUGGAUUCUGCUUGUAACACAAUCAUUAUCUUGGACCAAUCUAUUAUUGUUGGCUGUAGUGAUGGAAAGAUAGUAAAAUUGAAUCUUGAAAAUGGAUCACUAUUAAAAGAAUGGCAUGAAUCAGCCAGUCCUGUGCUCAGCAUGGUAGUUCUGACCAAUCAAAUGUUCGCUGUGGGACGACAGGAUGGCACAUGCACUGUGUUUACUCUGGAUGAGGGUGACUCUAAACUUAGAGUUCAACUGACUGGUGCAGACUGUGAUGGCAUCAGGGACCUCUCGUUCAAUGGCAAGUGGGUAUUCGCUGGCUGUAGAGAUGCUAUGGUGCGGAAAUAUGAUUUUAAUCAAAUCAAUGUCCAUUUCAAAUAAAAAAAACCUUAUAAUAACCUUAUGAAAUAAGACUAUUUAUGUAUAAGAUUUAAUAUACCUUCGUCUUGGACAUUUAUGAUAAUUUUAUUGUGUUAAUACUUGACAAUUUUGUUAUUAAGUAGGUAGUUAGGGUACAUUUAGGAGUGUAAUAAUGUAAAUGUUGCUGCAGGUAAUAUCUCUUUCUUGAAUUGAUGUUUUAUUAUCUUCGUCUAAUUCUGUCUCGUCUAUCACAAGUGCAUAUUGCACAAUAUUCUGCUGCUACAAUCUGAAAUAAGAUAUACUUAUAAAAUCUUUGUAUGAAGGAUUAAUAAAAUCAUUGAAGUGCUUUUCUCAUACCAUUUUA